AUGUCAUCUCUGCCAACAGUUGUUCUCGUGCAUGGUGCCUGGCAUACGCCUCCCAAUUACCAAAGCUACUGCGAAGCGUUACAGGCCCAAGGGUUCAAAGUCUAUUGUCCCCGCCUGCCAACAUGCAACGGAUCGUCGCCUCCAAGAGCCUCCCUCCCAGAUGAUGUUGCGUGUGUCAGGGAUGUCGUCAAGUCCGCAGUCGAUUCCGGUGAGCGCGUCCUUAUGAUUAUGCAUUCUUAUGGCGGCGCAGUCGGCACCGAUGCCGUUAAGGGCCUAUCGCUGUCCGAGAGAAAAGCAGCUGGCCAACCUGGCGGUGUCAUUCACCUACUCUAUCUGUGCGCAUAUAUUCUCGAGCCCGGGUCGACGAUAUGGGAAAUUGUGCAAGCGGCCGGGUUUGAUCAACUUUGGGAUCAGUACAUUGAUACAGCGGCGGACGGGUCGACGGUUUUGAAAGAUCCAGGGCUGGGGUUUUUCAGCGGCGAAGCCGACCAAGCGACAAUCGACAGGGCUCUUCAGACGUUGGUCCGAUUUCCCUCGUCGGUAUUCUCUGACAAAACUACGGGCUCUGCCUGGAAGACCACCCCAACGACCUACAUCAGCACGCUGAAAGAUUAUGUUGUGUCGAAGACAUAUCAAGAUAUUAUGCUUGAAAAAGUACGCGUGGCAGGGGUUCAAAUCAAGGUGGUGGAACAUGAUGCGGACCACAGUCUGUUCGUAACGAGACAACAAGAUAUGGUUCAGGCUGCUCUUGCAGCGGCUGCCGACGAAAGAAAUACGCUCUAG